AUGGAUUCAUAUUAUAACACGCCUUCGCCACACGGUAGGGAUCAGCAACCAUCGGAUCCCUUCAGAAUAUUCCAACCGAGUGAAACCAAAUACAGCCCAACGUUCCUACCUAAAGGACAACAGGGUUACGAGGAGAAGUCUCGGAGUCCUUUCCAACAGGGGUGCCAGUCACUGGAUGACGGCACAGAGGAGGGCAACAACUUCAACAAAUACCACCUCUUCAUGCAACGACCAAUCUGCAAAACACCCCCGGAAGGCGAAAAACUCCACCAGGAAAGCGGAGGACACAACGACGCGCUCAUCCCCUGCUAUGAGUUGGACACUCUCCCCACUAAGAGUAACCCCAGUAUUCCUGACUCACCCACAAACAGUAACCCCGGUAUUCCUGACUCACCCACAAACAGUAACCCCGGUAUUCCUGACUCACCCACAAACAGUAUCCCCGGUAUUCCUGACUCACCCACUAAGAGUAACCCCGGUAUUCCUGACUCACCCACAAACAGUAAUCCCGGUAUUCCUGACUCACCCACAAACAGUAAUCCCGGUAUUCCUGACUCACCCACAAACAGUAACCCCGGUAUUCCUGACUCACCCACAAACAGUAUCCCUGGUAUUCCUGACUCACCCACUAAGAGUAACCCCGGUAUUCCUGACUCACCCACAAACAGUAACCCCGGUAUUCCUGACUCACCCACUAAGAGUAACCCCGGUAUUCCUGACUCACCCACAAACAGUAACCCCGGUAUUCCUGACUCACCCACUAAGAGUAACCCCGGUAUUCCUGACUCACUCACUAAGAGUAACCCCGGUAUUCCUGACUCACCCACUAAGAGUAACCCCGUUAUUCCUGACUCACCCACAAACAGAAACCCCGAUAUUCCUGACUCACCCACUAAGAGUAACCCCGGUAUUCCUGACUCACCCACUAAGAGUAACCCCGGUAUUCCUGACCCACCCACUAAGAGUAACCCCGGUAUUCCUGACUCACCCACAAACAGUAACCCCGAUAUUCCUGACUCACCCACUAAGAGUAACCCCGGUAUUCCUGACUCACCCACUAAGAGUAACCCCGGUAUUCCUGACUCACCCACUAAGAGUAACCCUGGUAUUCCUGACUCACCCACUAAGAGUAACCCCGGUAUUCCUGACUCACCCACAAACAGAAACCCCGAUAUUCCUGACUCACCCACUAAGAGUAACCCCGGUAUUCCUGACUCACCCACUAAGAGUAACCCCGGUAUUCCUGACUCACCCACUAAGAGGCAUCAGAGGGGGAUCGUUCUAACACUCGGAGCCUACUGCCUGCUGAUGGGGCCCCGGACCAGCCAACCCACACUACUCUGUCAACACCUGAGCAGCUGUGGCCCCUGUAAUGCGUGUUAUGUUUUGACAUUUUGUUGUUCUGUGUUUCAGCUCUUGUAUGAGGAGUGGGCGAGUUACAGUGUAUUUUACAAAUACCAGCCUAUCGGGCUAGUAAGGAAGUACUUUGGGGAGAAGAUAGGACUGUACUUUGCGUGGCUUGGGCUGUACACCCAAAUGCUGAUCCCUGCUUCUAUAGUGGGAGUCAUCGUGUUCCUGUACGGCUGUGCCACCGUAGACGACAACAUUCCCAGCAUGGAGAUCUGCCACCCCAAGAACAACAUCACCAUGUGCCCGCUGUGUGACAGAGCCUGUAGUUACUGGAAACUGAAGGAAGCCUGCGGGACGGCCCGGGCCAGCCACCUCUUUGACAACCCUGCCACCGUCUUCUUCUCCAUCUUCAUGGCCCUCUGGGCUGCCAUGUUCAUGGAGCACUGGAAGAGAAGACAGAUGCGGCUCAACUAUGAAUGGGAUCUGACAGGCUUCGAGGAGGAGGAGGAAGAGCUGAAGGACCACCCACGAGCUGAGUACGAGCUCCGAGUCAUGCAGAAGUCCCUGAAGAAAGAACACAAGACACAGAAGACAGAAAAAGAAAAGCUGACGUGCAAAGACCGGUUACCAGCGUACAUGACCAACAUAGUCAUGAUGCUUUUGAUGAUCGGGGUAACGUUUGCCAUAGUGUUCGGAGUCAUCCUUUACCGGAUAUCCACCAAGACAGCGCUGCACAUGAGCAACAACCCCACCACGCGGUCCAACGUCCGUCUGACGGUCAAAACUACCGCUGCCAUCCUCAACCUGGUGGUCAUUCUGAUCCUAGACGAGGUGUACGGAGCUGUCGCCCGCUGGCUCACUGUCCUCGAGGUUCCAAAGACAGACAAGAGCUUUGAGGAGAGAUUGAUAUUCAAAACAUUCAUCCUGAAGUUUGUGAAUGCCUUUACCCCCAUCAUAUACAUAGCAUUUUUCAGAGGCAGGCUUGUUGGUCGACCUGGAAGUUAUCUUUAUGUGUUUGAGUCGUAUCGAAUGGAAGAGUGUGCUCAUGGAGGAUGUCUGAUGGAGUUGUGUAUUCAGCUCAGUAUCACCAUGUUGGGAAAGCAACUCAUCCAGAACAAUUUAUUUGAGAUUGGCAUUCCGAAGCUGAAGAAGCUGAUAAGGUACAUCAAGUCCAAGAGAAGGUCCUUCCAGGAAGAGGAGAGAGAGAAGAAGUUACAGCGUUAUGAGACGGACCACUUCCUAGAGCCCUUCGCAGGCCUCACGCCAGAGUACAUGGAGAUGAUAAUCCAGUUUGGGUUUGUGACCCUGUUCGUGGCAUCGUUCCCGCUGGCCCCACUUUUCGCACUCCUUAACAACAUCAUCGAGAUACGCCUGGAUGCCAAGAAGUUUGUGGCCGAGCUCAGGAGGCCGGUCGCUGCAAGGGCAAAAGACAUUGGAAUAUGGUACAACCUUCUCCGAGCUGUGGCUAAAGUGGCCGUCAUCAUAAAUGCGUUUGUGAUCUCCUUCACGUCAGACUUCAUCCCGAGGCUGGUCUACCAGUACAUGUACAGCUCAGACGGCUCCAUGCACGGCUUCGUCAACCACACCCUGUCCUACUUCAACGUGAGCAACUUCCAGGACGGUAAAGAACCUAUGGACCCACAGCAUCAGGUGGAGAUGUGUAGGUAUAAAGACUACAGGGAGCCCCCAUGGUCCAACACACCCUACGUCAUCUCUAAAGAGUUCUGGGCGGUCCUGGCUGCCAGACUGGCCUUCGUCAUAGUCUUCCAGAAUGUGGUGAUGCUGAUGAGUGACAUCGUGGACUGGCUGAUCCCAGACAUCCCUAAAGACAUCAGCCUUCAGAUCCACAAGGAGAAGAUCCUGAUGGUGGAGCUGUUCAUGAAGGAGGAACAGGGCAAGAUUCAGUUCAUAGACAGCAUGAUACCUUGUGGUGGCAAGGAGAAGCGCAACAACCACGCCCCUAUAGCCCGCUCGCGCUCCAUCCCACACACACACAGUCACACACACGCCAACAACUUCUAGCAGCUACUGUAAGGUGUAGCUUAACUAGCCAGGCAAAGGGUUACUACUGUCUGUAUCCUUAUCCUUGUCCAGACAUUCCAUAGAAAGGGAGAGGUGCUCCCUACAAGAUGUUGUUGAGGCCCAACGAGGAGAAACAGAAACUGUCCCAGUGCUCAAUGCCUAUCUGUCAAGCCUCUCAGUGAAUAACUAGCUAACUAGCUAACUGCCAACAAGUUAACUAACUGCCAACUAGUGGGGUCAUGGGCUUUGAGGUCGCAAAUAUGCCAUUUAGCUAAGGCUUUUAUCCAAAGCGACUUACAGUAGUGCAAAUUAUAGCGGACCAUGUUCAAUGAGAGAGAAAAGUAUAUAUAUAUUUUUUCCCUUUUGCAUAAUGCUGUCAAGAAAAUGUAUUUUGUAACAUGCUUUACAGUACUGUAUGUCUGGCAUACAAGGUAUUUGUAUGUUUGCCUCUUGUUAAAAGGAUGUAGAUGAUACGUUAUCCUUUACUGUUAUGACUCAACCAUGUUUAUGGUGCAAACAAUCACUCUCGGAAUACGCUACAUGUUUUAUUCAAUUACAACACAUUUUCUUUCUUUCUUAAUGUGCUUUGUUCUCAAAAUUUAUAUUUUUUAUUUACAUAUUUUAUUGAUUCGAUUUUCAUCGAUUAAACAUUUUAAAAGUAAUUGGAUAAUAUGAAAUGUAUUGUGUGUAGAGCAAAUAAUAUAAUCUUAUUCUUAAAUGGGUGACAUGUUUUUUACGUCUUUGAAACAAAGAUCUCAAAUGGUAUUAGCUACCAAGCUCAUUAUUAGUUAACAAGCUCACAGUUGAGGGCUGUUUGUGGGCUCCCAUGCUACCAUAGAGUUAAAGCAGUUAUUACAUGGACUGUAUUAUAGCAUAAGAGUCAAAAGGCACUGUUUAACAGAUACUUCUAAACAUAGUAAAAUAGUUUGAAUGACUUUACUUCAGGACAUAAACUCAGCAGUGUUACAAAUAUCCCCUGUUAUAAAAUGCACAGUUCAGGCCAGUCUAUCCCUGCCAUAAUACAGACUGAUACUCUAUGGCUUCUGUGUUGCUUCAAAGCCAGCCAGGAUAUUAUUUUGGAACUUUUAAACUGUACUUAAAACUGUAUAUUGUUUACACGUACUUCUGUCUACUGGAUAUACUAAGAAAUAUAAUAUUUCUCGUUCUUUACUUGCCGUUCUUCAGAAGACAAGGACACUUUGAUCCUUUUAUAUGUCAAACUAAUGUAUUCAUACAAAAGUGAACAUCAUUUCAUAGCAGCAUAUUUUACUGUAUUGAUACCGACUAUGUUGUAAAUGUUUAGGAGAUCUGCCUAUUCUUUUUUGAUGUGACGUUGAAUAAAUAAUGCAUUAAAUUGAAUGUAAACAAUAAAUAUAUGUUG